UUGUACAACCAUUUUUGACUGUUUCUCCCUCUUCAGUCUCCUCUUGUCUCUGUUUCUUACAUUUUUUCUUGGUAUAUAUAUAGUAUAUUAAUUAUUUGUUCAGUGACAUAUCUACCCUGUAAAAUCAGUUGAGUUUUACCCUGUGAUGAGCCAUGGAUACCAGAAACAAUCCAUGGUUGGUGCUUGAAUGUGUUCUCUUCCUCUGUUUCUCUCUAAACUCUCAUGUGUCUUAUGGAGCUGAUACGAUCUCUGGUAACCAGUCUCUCUCCGGCGACCAAACUAUUGUCUCUGUCGGCGGCAUCUUCGAACUGGGUUUCUUCAGACCAGGUAACUCCUCAAAGUACUAUAUAGGCAUGUGGUAUAAGAAAAUAUCAGAGCAGACGAUAGUUUGGGUGGCAAACAGAGAAACACCUGUGUCUGAUAGAUUUUCUUCCGUUUUAAGAAUCUCGGAUGGUAAUUUGGUUCUUUUUAAUGAGUCCCAAGUGCCAAUUUGGUCAACCAAUGUGAACUCUACCGUUCAAGGUGGUAGAGAGGCGGUUUUGCUUGAUGAAGGAAAUCUGGUUUUGAGAGCUGGGUCUGAUUCUUCAAAACCCUUGUGGCAAAGCUUUGAUUAUCCCACUCAUACCUGGCUGCCUGGUGGUAAGAUUGGGUUGAACAAACGUAGUGGAGAAAAUCAGCUUCUUACUUCAUGGAAGAAUACUGAAGAUCCUGCAACAGGUCUUUUCUCUCUGGAGCUGGACCCAGAUGGAAGCAAUUCAUAUUUUAUAUUGUGGAAUAGAACCAAGCAGUAUUGGACUAGUGGAGCUUGGAAUGGAAGAAUCUUCAGCUUGGUUCCUGAAAUGAGAUCCAAUUAUAUCUAUAACUUCAGCUUUGUGACCAACGAGAAUGAGAGCUAUUUUACCUACUCUCUUUACGAUUCUUCGACCAUUUCUCGAUUUGUUAUGGACGUCUCAGGUCAAAUCAAGCAGCUUUCAUGGUUGGAGAGUACAAAGCAAUGGAACUUGUUCUGGUCUCAACCCAGGCAACAAUGUGAGGUCUAUGCUUUUUGUGGAUCAUUUGGCAGCUGCAGUGAGAAAUCUCCUCCUUUCUGUACUUGUUUGACUGGUUUCGAACCAAGAUCGAAGAAAGACUGGGACUUGGCAGAUUAUUCUGGUGGUUGUAAGAGGAAAACCAGUCUGCAAUGUUCAAAUGCUAGCCUUGCUAAUGGAAAAAGAGAUGGGUUUUUAGAAGAUGUCAACGUGGAUUUGCCUGAAGAUCCUCAAACUGUUGUAGCAGGAAGCCUUGAGCAAUGUGAAUCAACCUGCUUGAAUAACUGUUCUUGCGAAGCUUAUGCUUAUGAAGGCGGCCAGUGUUCGAUUUGGACUGGAGGUCUCUUGAAUUUGCAACAACUUGCAGAAAACAACAGUAAAGGAAGAACUCUCAACAUCAGGCUUGCAGCUUCAGAGUUAUCGAGUCAUAAAAAUAAUAGAAAAGUUGCGGUUAUUGCUGCUGUCGUUGGCUCUGUGGUGAUAGUAGCUAUUCUAAGUAUUUUAAUGUUGGUAUGCUUGAUGCGAAGAAGGUCAAGUAUGAAAACAGCGAAAGCAAUGGAGGGUUCGCUCACGGCCUUUGCAUUCAGAGAUUUACAAAGCGCAACCAAAAACUUCUCUGAGAAAUUGGGGGGAGGGGGUUUUGGUUCUGUCUUCAAAGGAACCUUACCUGAUUCUUCUGUCAUAGCUGUGAAGAAGCUUGAGAGCAUAAGCCAAGGUGAGAAGCAAUUCCGAACAGAAGUCAGCACAAUUGGGACAAUCCAACAUGUUAAUCUUGUUAGGCUGCGUGGAUUCUGCUCAGAAGGAACUAGAAAGUUGUUGGUCUAUGAUUAUAUGCCAAAUGGUUCUUUAGGUUUCCAUCUUUUCCGUGGAAAGGAUUCAAAAAUUUUGGACUGGAAAACAAGAUACCAAAUUGCACUGGGGACAGCCAGAGGUUUGGCUUAUCUACAUGAUAAGUGCAGAGACUGCAUCAUUCACUGUGAUAUAAAGCCAGAGAACAUUCUCCUAGAUGCUGAACUUUGUCCAAAAGUGGCUGAUUUUGGCUUGGCAAAGCUUGUUGGACGUGAGUUCAGCAGGGUCCUGACAACCAUGAGAGGGACAAGAGGGUAUCUUGCACCAGAGUGGAUCUCAGGAGUAGCUAUAACAGCGAAAGCUGAUGUCUACAGCUACGGUAUGACGCUUUUCGAGGUUGUAUCAGGGAGGAGAAACUCUGAGCAAUCCGAGGAUGAGAAAUCUAGCUUCUUCCCGACUUUGGCUGCUACCCUGAUAACACAAGGGGGUGAUGUCCUUUCUCUCUUAGACAGUAGGCUGAAUGGAGAUGCUGAUGCAGAAGAGCUUGAAAGAAUUUGUAAGGUAGCUUGUUGGUGCAUCCAAGACGACGAAAAUCACAGGCCAACUAUGAGUCAGGUAGUUCAGAUCCUAGAGGGGGUUUUGGUUGUUAACCUCCCUCCAGUUCCCAUGUCUCUGCAAGCGUUUCUAUACAACGAGGAGCAUAUCGUCUUCUUCACUGAGUCAUCCUCCAACCAGACUUCACAGGGAACAGCUAAUUCUUCAACUACCCAGUCUAAGAGCAGUAAUACGUAAUCAAGAAGUUCAUCAAUCAGGGAGAAGCCUAAGCAAAACUAGCUCUAUACCAAUUUGGUCGUCCGUAUAUGUAUAUAUGUUUUUGCAAUUCUUCAAGUGAGGGUAUAAAGUUCUACGAAACUCGCUUGCUUGUGUCCAGGUAGCAUGUUUUAUUUAUAUGUCAAAAGGAUCUUUAAUUUCAUUUUUGAGAUCAUACGUCUUUAUUCUGUUUGUUUCCCCUUAUGCUUAUUCAGUUUAACAAUAUAUAUUAAUAUAUAGUAUGACUUGAUUAAAUCGUUAUGAUCA